UGGCGAUCUUUUUGCAGCCACAACAGGCUAGAUCUAGACCUACCAGUAUGACCCCGUUCAGUUUCAUGAUGUUGGUGAGGAGCAGUCCGGCGGUACCACUACCGGUACCAGUUCAAGAAUUCCCGUUCAGAACAUUACACUUUAGAAAUCUAUUAGUUUCGACAGCCGAAAGCGGUGUUGUUGUAGUGUGAAAGAGGAGAUGAAACAAGUUGGGAAGUGGCACCCUAGGUCAUCCGUCAAGCCUCCAGGUUUCCUCCUCAUCGUUUUGUGUCUGACAUUGCAACCAUUGCAAGGGUUUGCUUCCAUUCCAUUUCGAAGUAUCCGAUUCGCCACCACUCCAAUUGCUGGAUUCCCCAUUGGUCAUCGUCGUCGAGUCAUGUCGUCGUCGAUAUCUUCUGCCAGUGCCGAUGCACUUCCUCCCAGAGGGGGAGGAGGAAAAGAUGAUGAUGCUCCAAAGGAGACUUACGACAGCCUUGGCAAAAAGGCCCUUGAGAGUAUCCGAUUCUGCGCCAUGGCGUCGAUUGGCUCGGCCGCCAUGGAUGUCGUGGGCGGUUUACUGAACCAAGUGUUUCCCAGUGCCCCAGAUAUCGUGGACCCAGUCCUUCAAAAAGUGAAUAUUCGAAACAUGUUGGAAUCUGUGGCGCUGGUGGAUUUUGUCUACCGAAUUGGGUUUGGUUUGGGACUUUUUGCCGUCUCCAAGGUAUAUGCCAAGGCUAUGGAAAACACUCAAAAGAAACUGAGCAACCAGGAACUCUUCGAUUUGUCUCGGAUCAUGUCCUAUUUGUGGGGUGGAGGAACCGUACUACUGACCCUGGCGGGGUUGGCGGACGCGGCAAUUCUAAAAGAAGAUGUGGCCAACAAUGCACACUUGUCCAAGAUUGUAGGCCCCGAGAGCUUUGGGGCAUUGGCCGUAGCGAGUUUUGCAGCCGCUGUUUUUGCCUCGUCCGCUGCCGAGCAAGAUAUUUCCAAACAAUUCCCGCUGUCCAACAAAGACGAGUCUGAUGAUAAAGAAGCAGUCAAGCCUUCCAAAGUACGAUCCACGGGUUUCACUGCGGCGCGCAACAUGGCACUGUGCAUGGGAUCCCUGGGCGUCGUGGGAGUAAUUGAUAUUCUGAUACCGAUGUUGAGGCCCAUGGAAAUUAUGGACCGUGUGUUUGGUCUGUCUGAGGUCUAUGAAGACGUUGUCUAUUUCCUCCUCUUGAAAACUUUGAAUGGUUGCUUCCGGAGGGCCAUCGCCGAGGCAACAGACGGGAAACAGAGCCCAGCCGAGUCCAAUUCACUCCUGUUCGAUGCACAACGCAAAUUUUACAAGAAACUCGGUGAUACGUUCCUGUUUACAGCGGGGUUCCAACUACUGCUACCACUUUAUCAAGCUGGUGUCACAAUAUGGAAGAUGAUCACAUCAUAGAACGAAACGUAGUUAGGCAAGAAAUUAUCAGGAAGGAUGUUUGAAAACAGAUCUUUUGCU